AUGAAUAUACUCGACUUUCCUGACGAAAUUUUACUUUGUAUUUUAAACAAACUGAAUAAUAUUAAUAUACUCUAUUCACUUGUGGAUGUAAAUCAACGAUUUGAUAGAUUAGCACUUGAUUCUAAUUACAUACGUGAUCUUGAUUUUACAGCUAAUGAUAAAUCUCAGGAAUAUCAUCAGUCUCUCGAUCGGUUUUGUACAAGUAUCUUACCUCGAAUUCAUCAUCAAAUAAACAAACUUAUUCUUGGACAACUUUCAAUAGAACGUGUCCUAUAUGUUGUAGAUUAUCCCCAACUUUAUUCAUUAUCACUUGUCUUUUGUGAUACAAUACUUAUUCGUCUUCUCAAUAAACAAAUUACUCAUUUUAAUCUGAAGACCGAGUUCAGAACAAUUGAAUUAUUUGAUAUAUAUGAACCGACUUUGUUUGCAUUGAUAUUGUCAUUUGCCAAAUAUUUAAUUGAUUUCACUUUUGUACAAUGUCUUCGAGACGCUUCAAUAAAUUCACUUUUUACUCUAUUUUCAACAAAUUGUGUAUCGUCAACUUUAACUAAGUUGAAAAUUGAUGUCAAUACUCUCGACGACUGUCUUUAUAUUCUUGAUGGACGUUUCGAUUGUUUAUCGACAUUAAUUAUUGAUAUAGAAAAAAUUAGACCUCUAUUAUCGAAUAUAGAUACUACGAAAAAAAUUACAAAAUUGAAAUACUUGUCAUUAACUUCGAUUUCAACAACAUCUUAUUAUCAUGAGCUUGUUCCAUUAUUUCGUCGAAUGUCAAAUCUCGAAGAAUUAACAUUAUUUCUUUUCGUGAAAAGAAUUAAUUCGACUUAUAUCGAUGGCAUUCAUUUAAAUGAUGAAAUUCUCAUUCAUAUGCCACGACUAAACAAAUUUACUUUCAGUAUAACUACUCUUGUUUGCAACAGAAAGAGCAAUAUUAUUCUUCCUUCAAACGAUGAUAUUCAACGUAGUUUUAUCGAAAGAAGAUAUCAACAAAUUGGUUCAUAUGCUGAUGAUAAUACAAUGAAAAUUAGAGCUCGAUGUCAUAUUUAUUCACUUCCAUAUCAAUUUCACAUGUUUCAUAAUGUGACUAAUUCUUUUAAAGGUGACAUAUUUAAUAAAGUUCGAUCGGUGAUAAUCAUUGAUGAGAUACGCCCUUUUGAACAUGAAUUUUUCCAAAUUAUCUCACAAUCUUUUCCUUUUCUUCAAACAUUAUCGAUACAGAAUGAUAAACCACAGAAAUAUAAAAAAUAUUCGUUUACAUUCAUUACAUUUCCUCAUCUUGCUGUUCUCAAUCUUGAAUUGGCACACAUUAAUUAUGUUGAACAAUUUCUCUCCGAAAGAAAGACUCUUUUGCCUUGCUUGUUACAUCUCACAAUCCAAUAUGAAUCAUUAGUUAUGAUAACAAACAAUUUCACCAAUGAUCCAACACGUCUCAAUUUUACACAGUUGAAAACUCUUGUUACAGAUAAAUCUUUUGUUCGUCCAGAAAAUUUUCAUUCAUAUUUUCCUCAAUUAUAA